CACACAUGAUGCCAGAGUCCUCUGUACUUGAACCCGUAAGCGAGGAUCUUCGACUGCUAUUGGCUUAAUUUGUACGGAGCAUCUUAAGUUAUGAAGGUGAAACGGAAAACUCCGCCCAAGCGAGAAAGAUCCGUGCAUUUUGUCAUGGCCGAACGGGGAAAAAAAGUUACGAUGAUACGCAGAGGCUAAGGACGGUGAAAAAAAGGCCCAAUACGACGAUCCAAGGCCCUGUCCGGUAUUGGAUCAGCCAUACCUCACAGGCAGCAGAUUUUUUUUAUCUCUUUCCUUUUCCUGCUCAAGGAGGGGUUGCUUGAGCGCUGAUUAUUCUAUCACGAUUCCAAUUGCAACCCCGCGAUGACGGGCAGCUCAAAUUCAUCAAACACCUCCCACACACUCUCUGCAGAACCGCCAGUUCCCGCCAUGACGGAUACGCACCCAUCUUCGAUGCAGGCGCUGGUGGGGACGCUGUCAGGAUCACCGUAUACUUUCCUGCAGCCUCCGAAGAGUUUGCACACGGCGGCGCUUGUUUUGACAAAGCGUUACCUUGAUCCGCUCGCGGCCACCAUCAGUGAUGCACAUGCGCAGCGAUUACGAGAUGCGCGCAAAAAGCGCAAGCGGGGUGAUUACGAAGAUGUGCCAAGCAAACCGCUGCAACUGAAUCAGUUGUACCUCGAGGGGUUUGAGAUGCCCCAAGUCUGGGAGCAAGCCCGACGAGUGCUAGACGCGACGAGAGGAGAAGUGGAAAAGACACUUGCCGAGAUUCCUCAGCCUAAUGCCGAGGCCGAUCGGCCAAAGGAUUUGAAGAUGAUGAAGUUCGAUAAAGAUGGCUUUGAAAUGAGUGAGUCGGGAGAGGAUGACGAGAGCAGCCUUGGGGAAGAGGGCGUGGAUUGGGAAUACGACGGCGAGGACCACUCUGAGGGAUCCCAGGCGUCUGAGGACGAGGAGGAAGAGGCCUCCGCACUGGAGAACGUAGACGACGAAGAAGGAGAAGGAGAAGAAGAACUUGAGGGCUCAGAAGACGAGGAAGACAUUGAAGCGUCAGGAUCUGGCUCGGAAGAGUCCGAUGACGAACCCGCCGAAGAAUUUGUCGAAGACAAAUUUGGUCUCAAUGAUGGAUUCUUCUCCAUUGAUGAUUUCAAUAAACAAUCCGAGUUUCUCGAGCGUCAAGACAAUGCCGGCCUGAACGACGGCGCUGCCAGUGAUGAAGAGGAAGAAGUUGACUGGGACGCUGACCCGCUUUCUACUCAACCUACCAGCUUCGGCAAAAAGGGCACACCAAAGGCUGCUGCUGAUGAGGAUGAGGACGAGGACAUGGAAGAUGGUGUCGAAGAAGACGACGAUGAUGAGGAGGAGGGCGGCCCGACCUUUGGCAACGUGGACCUCAACGCCCCAGAAGGCGCCAGUGACGAAGAAAUGGAAGACGACCUGGACGAGCAAGACCACGGCGGCGACAACACCAACGAUAUCAUGUACGAAGACUUCUUCGGCCCACCUGCGCGCAAAGCAAGCAGCAACAAGAAGAAACAAACCAGGGUCAAGGCUAAACGCGCCGCCGAGGAUGCCGCCGCUCAGCCAACUCCUCGGGCUCACGGCGAAGGCGACGACAACCCGGAAGAAGACGAGCGGUACAUGCAACGCACCAUGGACGCCGUGCGACGUGACCUCUUUGAUGACGAGUUGUCCGGCUUCGACAACGACGAGGGCGCUUCUGACGCUGACGCCGACGCCCUCGACCCGGGUGACCCUCGAUCUCGUCGCUCGACGCACGAACGGCGCCAGGCCAAAAUCGCUGAAGAAAUCCGCCGCCUCGAAGCCGCCAAUGUUGCCAAACGCGAGUGGACACUUGCCGGCGAGGCGCGUGCCGUGGACCGGCCCAUGAACUCUUUACUCGAAGAAGACCUCGAAUUCGAGCGCGCCGGCAAGCCCGUGCCCGUCAUCACCAACGACAUCACCGAGGACAUUGAAUCGAUGAUCAAGCGGCGCAUUCUGGCGCAGCAAUUCGACGAAGUCCCGCGUCGCAGGCCCGACGAUCUGGCCGUCUCCUCUUCCGCCCGCCGCGGCCGGUUCGAGCUUGAGGACACCAAACCCCAACAAUCCCUCGCGGAAAUGUACGAGCAAGACCACCUCCGCCGCACCGACCCCUCGUACGUCGACCAGCGCGACGAGAAGCUCAAGGCCCAACACACCGAGAUUGAAAAUCUCUGGAGAGACGUCUCGGCCAAACUCGACGGCCUUUGCUCCUACCAUUACCGUCCCAAACCCGUCGCCCCGUCCCUCAAUAUCGUCGCCGAUGUCGCUGCCGUGUCGAUGGAAGACGCUCGUCCUACGGCUGGCAACGACGUCGCUGCUGCGUCCAUGCUCGCGCCCCAGGAAAUCUUUGCCCCCGGUAAAGACUCCGCGGGCCAGGGCGAAGUCGUUACCAAGUCCGCCGCCCCAGUCGCCAGGGAGGAAAUGACCCGUGAAGAAAAGCUGCGUCGCAGAAGACGCGAAAAGGAACGCAUCAAGAAGAGUAAUACCAACCAAGGCACUGGCGCCUCCGGCGCGGCCCAAGGAAACGGAGCUCAGCCCCAGACAAAGACUCAGAAGAAGAAGGCCGACGAAAGUAACGUCCUCGGCCAACUGAAGAAGAGCGGUGUCAAAGUUAUUGGCAAGAAGGGAGAGCUGAGAGACGUGGAGGGUAAAAAGGUCGCUAUGGGCGGAGAGAGGAAGAGCACUGGAGGCAACUUUAAGCUAUAAUAGGCAUACAGCUUAUUGUGUCUCUGAUUAGAACUUUCUUUUUCUCUUUCAGGGCGCUUCUAAAGCGGAUUACUAAAAGCAGAAUUUUUUUUUUUCCCCAUUAGCAUUUUCACAAUUAACGGCGCUAGAUUAUCAGUUAUGUUUGGCACUUGGGAUCGAGAUU